UUUGUCUGAUGUUCUUAGAUUGCAUCCAAAAUAGUGUUAUAAUUUAUACGUCAAGGAGCCCCUCUCAAGAAUUACAUCUGUGCUCUCAAGGAAAUUUGCUCCAUGGCUGCAUGGUAACAAGUGCUCAUUUUUUACAGGCACCACAACAAUUUACUUGUGAGUCGUUUUAAAAAAAAAAAUCUGUAUAUUGCAGGAGCCUCCUGGAGUCUUGGGAGGCUGCAAAGGCCAGCUGUAGAGACAUGCCGAAAUUACUGUCGUGCACUGGGAAAUUCCUCGUUCCUGUGUCCCUGCAGAUAUGAAGCGACCCCUGAGCCUGUCCCACCCUGUUGAGAACAGGAUCCACCUGGUCGAGACGGCGGGGAGCCAGUCGGAGCAGCGCACGAAGCGGGAGAAGAAGCACCAGUCGUUCACGCUGUGCGAGGUCUGUAACAUCCAGCUCAAUUCGGCCGCCCAGGCGCAGAUCCACUACAAUGGCAAAUCCCACCAGAAACGCCUCAAGCAGCUCAGCAAAGGGAAGGUGCCGACGGGCCCAGGUCCGUCGGGGCACAGCAGCCCCCUCCUAGCAUCGCUGUCUAUUCCUGGGCGACCCCUACACCCGCCACUGGACAUCAAGCACUUCCUGACCUUUAGACUCAAUGGGACGUCCCCACUCAACCUGUUCCCCAACUUCAACACGAUGGAUCCCGUGCAGAAGGCCGUGAUCAGUCACACCUUCGGCGUCCCCUCCCCGCUCAAGAAGAAGCAGUUCAUCUCCUGCAACAUCUGCCACCUCCGAUUCAACUCCGCGAACCAGGCCGAGGCACAUUACAAAGGCCACAAACAUGCCCGGAGACUCAAAGCCAUAGAAGCUGUGAAGAACAAACAGAAAACGGCAGCGGCCCCCAGCCGAGACUUCCCGGCCACCCUGGACGUGAGCGGGGAUCCCCACAGCACAGUUCAAGCCAACGGCCUCCUGGGGCUGAAGGAGCCGGACGCUGAGUGUAGCAGCCUCAUGCUGACGCCCACCUCGGAGGAGUCCUCGGCCGAGCUGUCCGGCAGCGUCCCAGCCCUGGUCUCCCCGCCUGUUUCGGAGCUGUCAGAGGGCCCUUCGGAUGCUGCCAGCGUGGCCUCUUUGCCAGCGCUGGGAGCUGAGACGCCAGCCACUGAAUCGGGCAGCAGCAUCGGCUCCGCCCCUGACAGAGACAAGGACGGGAAGAAAAGCAAGCAGCACCUCUUCUGCCCCACCUGCAAAGUGACGGUGAACUCGGCAUCCCAGCUGGAGGCUCAUAACACGGGGGCCAAGCACAAGUCUAUGCUGGAGGGUCAGACCACCCCGAUGCGGCGGGGCCGGGGCAAAGUCAUCCCCAGGGCGGGGCACAAGUCCAAAAGAAUUGGCAACAAGGGCAGCAUCAACAUCCAGAACAAGGCGUUCCAUUGCCAAGUGUGUGAGAUCUACGUCAACUCGGAGACCCAGCUCAAGCAGCACGUGAGCAGCAGGAGACACAGAGACAGGCUUGCUGGGAAGCCACCCAAGCCAAAAUACAGCCCAUACAACAAGCUCCAGAAGAACGCUGUCCUCGCAGUGAGUAUUCUAAAGUCCAAGCUGGCUUUGCAGAAGCACCUCACCAAAACCUUGGCUACCCGCUUCCUCCCGAGCCCCCUCGCCACGGCAGCCAUGUGCGCCAUGCCUGGCCCACUCGCCCUCCGACCAGCCGCCGCCACUGCCCUCUUCCAGGCCCCGCUCCUUGGACCAGCGCUCUUCCGAUCCCCGCCCGGCCACGUCCGCGCCACGCCCGGCCCCAUCGUCUUCGCCCCCUACUAGCGCCUGCGCCCUCCAAGGCUCCGUCUCUCCCGGACGCGGCGCAGAGCGGCGAGGACAGGGCUCUGUUCCCAUUGAAGGCAAACGACACGUUGUAACCGUUGACCGAGGUUUUUUCUUUCCCUCCCAGCCGGUUCCCACUGGGCUUGGAGAUUCCCCAGCUGACUGCUCUGCCCGGCCUGGCAGGACCCCCCCAUUACCCACCCCCAGUGCCCCAGUCGUUUCACGCAGUAGCUCUCCGAAAACACAGCUCCAUGUCUGCUUUGAUUGGAUUCAGUUAAAGGGGCAGUGCUGGGAUCCCCCAGGCCUAUUGAUGCCCGUGGCCAGCGGGUCCCCCUCUUUGGCUAGUGAGUUUUUCAUUCAUCCCCUUCCCAGUGAUUAAUUUAAACCAAACCAGGGAAGUGGCCUGGCUGACUCUCUGGAAAGGGAGGGCCUUUUUCUCAGGCUUGCUGGUUCAGAGCCAGCCCAGGUUCGUGGCGACCCCCAGAUCAUAGGUCCAGCUGGAAGGAGUCCGUGGUGGAUCUCAGGCCAGUUUCCAGUGGGAAAAACCUCCCCAGCACAAAAUCCAACCCCCGGUUUCCCACCCGUAGCAGGGGGGAUGCAGCCUAAGCCCUGCAUGGGACAUGAGGCACGUGGGCAGAGAGCAGCGUGGUGGAUGAUUGCCCUGCCUACUGCCUGACCCACCCUGGGUCUAAGGCUGCAGGGAGCGUGUUACUCUCCAGCUCCUCAGCAGCAGGAAAUCCAGAGGAGACACCGGCAGACAGGGGCAGCGUCUUCCCAGAGAACAAACAGCGAACCCUGAGGCUCCUUGCCAGCAGAGACCUCUUUCCUGCUCCCUUCAGAAAGCACAUUCUCGUCCCACACCGGAGGUGCAGUGGAGGACCAGGCAGAUUGGAUCGGAGUGUUGUCUAGAGCAGUGGUUUUCAACCUUUCUUCAUUUGCGGGCCCCUUUGGAAAUCAGAUAUAGGCUGAGGAUCCCCAGGGCUCCGCGGACCAGGUUGAAAACCAGGGGUCUAGUGGUUACACACCAGGACUCCUUGAUUCUCCUCCCAGACCUGGCUCAGGGUGUGAUCCCGUGGCUGGAGAAUAGGACGUAGGGAGUCAGGACACCUGGGUUCCAUUCCCAGUUCAGCUAAGGCCUGGAGUCGACUGGUUAGAGAACGGCCCUUCUCCUUGGCAUCUAUUCCCAACUCUGCCGUUCACUCCCUUGCGCCACGGUGCUUCACCUCUUAGUGCCUCAGUUUCCCCCCAUUAAGCAGGGGAUAGCUCUGACCCUACCUCGCAGGGAGCCUGAGUGAGGGUUCACAAAGCACUUUGUCCUUGCGUAGCGCCUUUCCUCGGAGAGCUGCAAAGCAUUCCUCCCGUUACCAGGCCAGCAGACAAAACCCACUCACCCAGCCCCAUUGGAACGCGGCGCUUCCAAGGAAACUGGGAGGAUUCCCUGGUAGUUCAGCCCGACAGCCCAGAAUAAGAGCCGGUUCGGUUAACAAGCACGUGGCGUUGGCCCUCCCAUGCUCUGAGUGCAGCUCGCAGACGGGCUCCAGAGCCCACACUACGCAUUAUGGGGGCGAUGGUUUGGGUUUUCACUGUGUUAAAAGAGCGUGCGAUGCCCUGGUCUGAACAGUUACCGAGGCGCGACCGGCUCCCCCGCGCGCACUGUAAAUAGAAAUAUGCAGGAAGGUUGCGACCCACAUGGACCUUGUGCCGGAGUGACAACCCGUCCCGAUCUAUGCAAAUCCGAACGGAGUAGCCCCGUCGUCGUGGUAACCUGGCUGCGUCCUGCGGUGCUGCCCGCUCUGUCUGCACAGCGAGGAACGUUGUUCCGAGCAGAAACUGAACGAUGCAGCUCGGUGCAUCGUGCACACGCUUCCGAGAGCCCCCUGGUCCCGUGAGCUCUCCGCUGCUCCCCACGGCACAGGCUCUGAGCCCCCCGGCGGAGGCUGCCCUCCAAUCCCCACGCACAAGCCCACCUGGCAGCUGUCGUAACUUGAACACAGGAGGUGUUUGGGUGGCACAGGGAGGAUCCUGCUGCCCCCACAGCCAUUGGAGGCUGAACACGGUUUCCAAACGCCAUGGGGCUGUGAGAUUGUCACUUCCCCCGAGCUCAGGGGCUGUCCCUGGGUCUGUGCGUGACGUGUCCCCGACGGGCCGGGUACGGCUCUCGGCUCAAGCUGGAGCAUUGUGCUGUUAGUGCCGGAGGACCCCAGGGCAAGGCCUGAUGGUGCUGUCCCACACCCCCUCCCCCUUUGCGUGGUCACCAGUGGGGUUUGAGCUGGGGCCGGCGCGCCCCACCACCUGAGCUGGCAGUAGUAGUGGGUUGUUAUCCCCUAGAGCACAGCCCCCUCUAGUGGGCUGGCCUAAGGCUCGGACAGCGCGUUACAGGAGCGCUGCGGGGGCUCUCAGCACGGGGCCCCUCCCCUUGGGAGUGCGGGGAGCUGGUGCAGGAUAGACGGGCCUGCCUGGGGGUGAACCAAAGAAUCCAGCCUGGGCCUGAGCACUGGGGGAUCCAGCCCCUGGGCUGGGGCAGGGGCAGGGGCAGCACUUCGAUGCGUUUUCCCGGGCACCUGAAGGUGAAACCUGGGGGGUUCUUUUUUGUCCAAGAUUUGGAUUUAAAUGUGUCCUCCGGAGCUUUGCAAUAACCCCAGCGCCGGCCAGCUGCAGGGGACCGGCUCCAUCCCUUACGGCCUCAGGGUGGGCGAAUCCUCCACCUGGAACGAAGUGGGGGGGGAUAGGCCCCCCCCACGGCCCAGCUCACAGGAGCUCCUUGCAGAAGUCCCAUGGAGGGGGCAGGGGCUGGUAGUGGGAGCUGCCACUGGGCAAACCGUCCCCUCACGAAGCUUUAGAUGGGGCGAGGGAGGGAGCCAGACACCUCUGUGCAAUGCCAGUCAUCCCCUAACGCCAUCAGCCCCCAGGCAGCCUGGCGCCAGCUCCAGCCAUCCAGCCCCGCAGCGGCCUCUCCUCCAUCUGCCUCCCUCUCCCCCCCCCCACGCCGCUGCAGCUCGUUCUCCCCCCAGGGGCUUGUGCCGUGGUAGUUUUAGGAAUUCAGGAAGCCCAAAGCUUUAGCCAUGGAUCCCCCCCUCCCCCCAAGAGACUCUGGUCGCACUGCAGGUGGAGCUGGGUCACAAAGCCCCCCAGAGCCAGAGUCAAACCUACCCUCAGCCCAGCAGUGGGGUGACGCUAGACUAGAACACUUGAAAGCCAUUCCUUCCCGUCCCCACCAGCCGGCCCGGCCUGCGCCAGGGCCCCCUCUGCCCCUUCGCCACCGGCCCCCCGCUAGCCUCUGACUUCGCAUACGCUGUGCUAGGCUGCAGCGCUGCCGCGUGCCCCUGUAAAUACCCUCGGCGUGAUGUGAACAAGGGCUGAUUUUGACAACUAAAAAGCAAACGAAAUAAUCAGCCUCUAGGGACUUGGCCAGUAACCCCCCCACCCCCGUACUGCUCCGUGUAUAUUUUUGAUGUACUAUAACUGUUGCGGGGGGGGGGGGGGAUAUUUUGAUAAUCGACUCUCAUUGCUUUCUUGUGUUACUCAGUAAAUAAAAGGAACCUGUAUAAAUGCG